GGCUUAUUUCCAUAUUAGUGCGUAUACUUGGACAUGUACCCAUUCCAACAGUCCAACAUAUUAUCGACUGACGGUACAAGAGGAAUCUCAAGCAACUGUUUACGCCAACGUUUUGAAACUGAUAAGAGGUAAAACAACAAUAGUACAUAAUUAUUUUAGGACAUGAUUGCCAAAGGCUCUUUAUCGGUGAAAAUACUGCUACCUGUUUUUACAUAAAGGGGCGUACUACAACAAUAGUACAUAAUUAUUUUAGGACAUGAUUGCCAAAGGCUCUUUAUCGGUGAAAAUACUGCUACGUGUUUUUACAUAAAGGGUCUGAAUGUGGCUUGUGUUACUUCACGUUUGCACUCUGCUCUUGAUUUUCCAUGUUUAGCAACCGAUAACCUUAGUCACGGCGAUAUGUUAAGCGUGUUUUGGUCUUUCUCGCUCAACCGCUGGUUUACCAAAUUAUGCUCUUGUCAUUAUGUAACGUUAAGCGUAACCAAAUACGUUAUCACACUGAGAUGCAUAAUGGUUAUUCGUUAAGGACGUCAUUCUUCAACGAUACACGAUAUCGUUGUUACCCACGCUACGUUGUCAGGUGGCGCAAUCCCCCUAUUAUUUAACAGUAAUUUCCUCCAGUGUAGGCUCAGUCAAGAUUAAUGUAUGCUGUUUGCAAAAGUUUCAAACAUCAAAACUUCAAUUCAACAUCCAUUUUCAUUUCCUUCACAUAUUGCCUCAUCAGCUGAUGGCCCUCUCAGGCUGGGUGUGUUUGGUGACAGGUGCCUCUCGAGGCAUUGGAAGGGGCAUUGCCCUGCAGCUGUCAGAGGCGGGAGCCACUGUCUACAUCACUGGCCGCCAGGAGAAGACCCUGAAGGAAACUGCUGCUCAGGUGAACUGUCAUACUUUCAUGUGUACUAAAUGUCCUUAGCACACAUGAAAGCUUAACGGAGGUCCCGUGAGAAAGGUGACAAACAAGGGUGAAAUAUAUUUCCACUGAAUACUGUUUUUGGGGGGGCAGAGAGACAAUUAGAAUACAUAUUGGCCACUAUGUUCUUUGGUCAAAGAGUCUAAGACUAAUUAACCACUUUCCUUCUCCAAUCUCAAUGGCAGGUGAAGGAGAGGGGUGGGAACUGUGUGCCAGUUGUCUGUGAUUCUUCAAGUGAUGAAGACAUAAAAUAUCUAUUUGAUCAAAUCCAACGUGAGCAGAAUGGCAGACUGGACAUCCUAGUGAACAACGCCUAUGCUGGUGUACAGGUCAGUGACAUCGCUGCAGGGAAAACUGUCAAUAGACUACAUGACAAUAAGUUAUUGACAGGGUUUGUAAAAACGACAUUGGUUGUUUGAAGUGACAUUAGCGUAUGGAGAGAGUGAAUUUCAAUCACUUCUCAAAAAUGUGUAAAAAGUAUUUAUGACUGUAAUGACGAUGAGAUUUGUAAUGUUAUUUCAGGCUAUUUUCACUAACAUGGGGAAGAAGUUCUGGGAAACAGAUCCAACCAUAUGGGAUUCCAUAAACAACACUGGCCUUAGGUACUCUCAUUUGUUCAGUAAGGUCUUCCUUUGAACCGCACCCUAUUGCAGUGUUUCAGUUUCUUGGUUAAUAAUAAAUAAUAAUUCUGAUGGUCAUUUAGCUUUCAGCUUCUGGCAGUCCUCCACAUUAUACUCACAAAUCAGUAGCAGAUAAGUAGAUAUCAGUGUGUUGAUUAUCUGUAAGUAUUGACACUUUGCAUUUAUUUCCGGCAGGGGACACUAUUUCUGCUCAGUGUAUGCUUCACGGAUGAUGGUGGCACAGGGCAGGGGCUUGAUUGUGGUCAUCUCUUCUAUGGGAGGGUUGAGGUAUCUCUUCAAUGUGUCAUAUGGGGUUGGUAAGGCUGCGGUGAGUUCUGCCAUCUCUAUGUUCCUAAUGGUUAAUUAUCUGCUCACUUCAAUGACAUUUCCUAUUUUAGUAUAAAUAACUGUAGUCAUCCAAAGUAACACAGAUCUUGAACAUAUUACUCCCUCUACUACACUAUCAUCCCUCUUUAAGUUCAAGUUCAUGUAUUAGAGUUUGGUAAACUUUAAACAAGUGCAUUUUAUGCUUUAUUUUAUAUCGGCUCUGAUACUCUAAUCGCUUUCCUCUCCAGUGUGACAGGCUAGCUGCAGACACAGCCGUUGAGCUGAGGAGCAGGGGAGUGGCCUCGAUCAGCCUGUGGCCGGGAGCAGUUCAGACAGAGUUGGUGUCUCAACUCAUCAUUGAGAAGGAUGCUCCAUCGGGAGUUGAUCCUAAGGUAGAUGAUAAACCAUUAGAGUCAGGGCCUAAAAUGUUAUUUUUGGUCCAACAGCCACUGUAGCAGGUAGAUGAAAGAAAUCGACCAGCCACUCUGAUUUCUUUACCAGGCAAAAUAUUUUUUCGCCAUAAUCAAACAACAACAAAAAAUAAGACCAACCAGAAUAUCAAAUCAAAAUCAGAUCAAAUCAAAUCAAAUUGUAUUUGUCACAUACACGUGUUUAGCAGAUGUUAUUGCGGGUGUAGCGAAAUGCUUGUGCUUCUAGCUCCGACAGUGCAGUAAUAUCUAACAAGUAAUAUCUAACAAUUUCACAACAUAUACCAAAUACACACAAAUCUAGUAAGGAAUGGAAUUUAAGAAUAUAUACAUAUGGACAAGCAAUGACAGAGCGGCAUGCACUAAGAUACAGUAGAAUAUUAUAGAAUAGAAUACAGUAUAUACAUAUGAAAUGAGUAGUGUAUCAGAUGAGACAAAAUGUUCAGCUGACCCUUUAAGGGUGGGGGUUACCGUUGUUGUGACGUGACUUACUUUAAUGUAUUACUUAUUUAUCGAAUCACCUAACUAUGUUUAAUUGUCACUCGAUUAAAUUAAUCAUGUAACAAUUAACUCAUUAGGAAUUUGGGGCACCACGGAAGAAGUUGUUUAACGAGUUACCAUCUCCCGAAUUAAACUCUUAGAAGAUAUAUAUGUUAUAUAUCGAUAACAGUCACUUAUUAAAUAAUUACCUUUUAUCAGUCUCAUUCUGAACGUCGCAUAAUCCUUGAACCUGCAAGAACCCUAACCUGACUCAGUUACACCAGCUCUGUCAGGAGGAAUGGGCCAAAAUUCACCCAACUUAUUGUGGGAAGCUUGUGGAAGGCUACCCGACACGUUUGACCCAAGUUAAACAAUUUAAAGGCAAUGCGACCAAAUACUAAUUGAGUGUAUGUAAACUUCUGACCCACUGGGAAUGUGAUGAAAGAAAUAAAAGCUGAAAUAAAUCAUUCUCUCAACUAUUAUUCUGACAUUUCACAUUCUUAAAUUAAAGUGGUGAUCAUAACUGACCUAAGAAAGGGAAUUUUUACUAGGAUUAAAUGUCAGGAAUUGUGAAAAACGGAGUUUAAAUGGAUUUGGCUAAGGUGUAUUUCCGACUUCAACUGUACAUACCAGCUGCAGACUGAAAUGAUAAGGUCUAGUGCAUUGUAUUCGUCUUCACCUCGUGUAGAGGUUGAGAGUUUCAGAGUUUCUCAAUUUCAAACGUGUGGACUAACGUCUCACGUUUUCUGGUCUUCCUAGUCUAACCAUUUUGUAACGUGUAGCUUCAGCUUCACGUUUCUUGGUCUUGUAGAGUGUCAACCAUUUUAAGCCGUGGGGCUUACUGGUCUGGUAGAAAUUCAACCAUUUGCAACGUUUGGCUCACGCUUCACGUCUGCUGGUCUAAAGGUUGAUUUGUUUUUCAAGGCUUUUUAUGCACUCGGGGUGAAAGGGGCGUUCCGUCAUGUUUGUGCUCAUCUAAGAACAAAUCAAUAUGGAAAACGAUCAUCUCAUCUGGAAUGCUAAAAUCACAUUGUUAUCUUCACAAAAUUAUUAUUACACUUAAUCAUUCGUUUUAUACAAUAAAUAGAUGCAAACCUCAUAACUGGGAAGUGUAGCCCCCCAGAGAUACAGUUAUGUUGUUCCACCGUCUUUAAUGACAUCACAACAUAGUAACGAAUUUGACAUGAUUGUUCUUUAAGUCCCCACCAACCAUUUCCCACAUACUUUUAAGUAGGAAUGUUGUUUCAUUAUCCACUUUUGGAUGUUGGAGUUUUGGCGGGAAGACUUCCUUUGUUAACAACGGGGUCCUUUCUCCCAAUACUUCAUGGCAAGGAAGAGAAAGUCUCUGCAAGGAAUUUAUGACCGGUCAUAAAACUGGCCCCCAGGAAAGGGGGUAUUCAAACCUUUGCCUAGCAGGAAUCUUUGAUCCUCAGCCCAUGAGGGCAAGCCAUGACACCGUAGUAACGGGGCCACUCAAGUACUGUAUGUGUGUGAGAAUUGGGAUCUGACUAGGGCGUCUCCGCUAUCAGUUAAAGCAGCAGAGUUAAACUAACUUUUGAAAAACAACCGAGCUUGUGAACAAAACUAUAAAAAUAGCCAAGAAACACGACGACAAAUCUCACUUUGUAGACUUUCGACUAAAUUAGACCAACUUUUAUUCCUGUGCGUGAUGUAGAAAAUUGUCCUUGACCUCAGUAAAACAAAAAGUACUUCCAGUGUUUUUGUAGAACUAAGAUAGACUUUAUUACAUAAGCAAUAGAGCCGAGCUGGUCUGCAGAGCAACUCAUUUUCCACCUCUCAGUUUAUAUACAGUUUCAUCCUUACUCAUUUUACACAAAUUUUAGCUUAAUCCCUCUCUGUUUAGUUCCACCACCAUUGUUUUCACCUUUUGACCGCUCCGCCCACUUCCUUAUUUUAUAAUAGUGGCGCAAUCUGACUUAUUUUCCUUCUAUUCAACCUGUUUUAUGAAACAAUGGUGGCGGGACCCAGCCCUGUCAUAUAAAAAUAACAGAGCCAUUUCCAUUUUUCUGUUUUAAACCUUUUAAUUGAUUUUUAAACCUAUUAAACAUAGCAUGUUCAUUUUAUGUCCAUUUUCUGAGCUUCUGAGCCUUAAUCAAUAACAUAAAUUGUAGGUCAAUUUCCUGAGCCAUUUCCUGGCUCUGUUCCAGGCCCCUAUCUUUUGCACCCUGACCGGCCUCUAUCUGUUGCACCCUGCCUGACUAUGUCACGUCGUGGUUAACUGUGCAUUGUAAACUUGUCAUGUUGUGAUUAACUAUGCUCAACUGAAAAUGAACUAUGCUCAACUGAACAAUCUCCAAUAUGCGCACCGCCUCCAAAAAUGAAUCUGUCAGCACUUCACUCCUGCCAGGCAGUGUUGCUGCGUGAGGUGGGGUAUAGGAUCCGUAUUUCUUUGUGUGACUAGCAGCUAUGAAACAAAACAGCAGAAAUACUUUGAAAACAGCUACUGCAGCAUAUUUCUACUAUAAAUCGCAACUCGCACGUGCUCAUACUUGACUUUUGACUAUUUUUAUUAGCAAAUGUAAUGCUCAUACUGUAGAGGCCUGAAAAUUGACCACCCGCUAACGUGGCUGGUGAAAUAGAAAUUCUUACCCGCCUAUACUUAAAUCUACCCGCAUUAAAUAAUGGUGCCGGAGGGGAUGGCUGCCGUUUUACGGGCUCCUAACCAACUGUGCUAUUUUGUGUGUUUUUUCGCAUUGUUUGUAACUUAUUUUGUACAUAAUGUUGCUGCUACCGUCUCUUAUGACCGAAAAGAGCUUCUGGAUAUCAGAACAGCGAUUACUCACCUCGAACUGAACAAAUAAUACUUUUUUAAUGAGUCCGACACAAAGGAUAUACUGCUUCUCCGAGACCAGGCCCAAAUCCCCGUUAUUCGCAUGAAGAAAAGACGGAAAUACAGGGGGUGGAGAUCGGGGUGCCUUGUGAGAAUUUGUCGGCGAGUGGGUAACCCGUCUCUACCAUCUGUUCUAUCGGCCAACGUGCAAUCACUAGAGAAUAAACUGGAUGAUCUCCGUUCGAGACUAUUCUACCAACGGGACAUUAAAAACUGUAAUAUCUUAUGUUUCACCGAGUCCUGGCUGAACGAUGACACGGAUAAUAUACAGUUGGCUGAGUUUUCCGUGCAUCGGCAGGACAGAACAGCUACGUCUGGUAAGACAAGGGGUGGGGGUGUGUGUCUAUUUGUCAAUAACAGCUGGUGUGCAAUGUCUAAUAUUAAGGAAGUCUCAAGGUAUUGCUCGCCUGAGGUAGAGUACCUCAUGAUAAGUUGUAGACCACACUAUCUACCAAGAGACUUUUCAUCUACAUUUUUCAUAGCCGUCUAUUUACCACCAUAAACCGAUGCUGGCACUAAGACCACACUCAACGAGCUGUAUAAGGCCAUAAGCAAACAAGAAAAUGCUCAUCCAGAAGCGGCGCUCCUAGUGGCUGGAGACUUUAAUGCAGGCAAACUCAAAUCCGUAUUACCUCAUUUCUACCAGCAUGUCACAUGUGCAACCAGAGGGAAAAAAAAACUCUAGACCACCUUUACUCCACACAUAGAGACACAUAGAAAGCUCUCCCUCGCCCUCCAUUUGACAAAUCUGACCAUAAUUCUAUCCUCCUGAUAGAGGAGUAUACCACCUAGUCACCGGCUUCAUCAAUAAGUGCAUCGACGACGUCGUCCCCACAGUGACCGUACGUACAUAUCCCAACCAGAAGCAAUGGAUUACAGGCAACAUCCACACCGAGCUAAAGGCUAGAGCUGCCGCUUUCAAGGAGCCGGACCCUAAUCUGGACGCUUAUAAGAAAUCCCGCUAUGCCCUCAGACGAACCAUCAAACAGGCAAAGCGUCAAUACAGGACUAAGAUUGAAUCCUACUACACCGGCUCUGACGCUCGUCCGAUGUGGCAGGGCUUGAAAACUAUUAUGGACUAGAAAGGGGAACUCAGCCGCGAGCUGCCCAGUGACGCGAGCCUACCAGACGAGCUAAAUGCCUUUUAUGCUCACUUCGAGGCAAGCAACACUGAAGAAUGCAUGAGAGCACCAGCUGUUUCAGACGACUGUGUGAUCACGCUCUCCAUAGCCGAUGUGAGCAAGACCUUUAAACAGGUCAACAUUCACAAGGCCGCGGGGCCAGACGGAUUACCAGGACGUGUACUCAAAGCAUGCACGGACCAACUGGCAUAUGUCUUCACUGACAUUUUCAACGUCUCCCUGACCGAGUCUGUAAUAACUACAUGUUUCAAGCAGACCACCAUAGUCCCUGUGCCAAAGAAAGCGAAGGAAACCUGCCUAAAUGACUACGGCCCCGUAGCACUCACGUCAGUAGCCAUGAAGUGCUUUGAAAGGCUGGUCAUGGCUCACAUCAACACCAUCAUCCCGGAAACACUAGACCCACUCCAAUUCGCAUACCGCCUCAACAGAUCCACAGAUGACGCAAUCUCAAUCGCACUCCACACUGCCCUUUCCCACCUGGACAAAAGGAACACCUAUGUGAGAAUGUUGUUCAUUGACUACAGCUCAGUGUUUAACACCAUAGUGCCCACAAAGCUCAUCACUAAGCUAAGGACACUCGGACUAAACACUUCCAUCUGCAACUGGAUUCUGGACUUCCUGAAGGUCCGCCCCCAGGUGGUAAGGGUAGGCAACCACAUCUGCCACGCUGAUCCUCAACACUGGGGCCCCUCGGGUGCGUGCUUAGUCCCCUCCUGUACUCCCUGUUCACCCACGACUGCGUGGCCAAGCACGACUCCAAUACCAUCAUUGAGUUUGCUGACGACACAACAGUGGUAGGCCUGAUCACUGACAACGAUUAGACAGCCUAUAGGGAGGAGGUCAGAGACCUGGCAGUGUGGUGCCAGGACAACAACCUCUCCCACAGUGUGAGCAAGACAAAGGAGCUGAUCGUGGACUACAGGAAAAGGAGGGCCGAACAGGCCCCCAUUAACAUCGACGAGGCUGUAGUGGAGCAGGUCGAGAGUUUGAAGUUCCUUGGUGUCCACAUCACCAACGAACUACCAUGGUCCAAACACACCAAGACAACAGCUUUUCCCACUCAGGAGACUGAAAAUAUUUGGCAUGGGUCCCCAGAUCCUCAAAAUGUUAUACAGCUGCACUAUUGAGAGCCUCCUGACCGGUUGCAUCACCGCCUGGUAUGGUAACUGCUCGGCAUCCGACCGUAAGGCGCUACAGAGGGUGCGUACGGCCCAGUACAUCACUGAGGCCAAGCUUCCUGCCAUCCAGGACCUAUAUACUAGGCGGUGUCAGAGGAAGGCCCAAAAAAUUGUCAAAGACUCCAGUCACUCAAGUCAUAGACUGUUUUCUCUGCUACCGCACAGCUUCUACCCCCUUAACAGCUUGUACAUGUAGGUAGGGGUAAAGUGACUAUGCAUAGAUAAUAAACAGCGAGUAGCAGCAGUGUAAAAAAAAUAAAAAGGGGGGGGGGGGGCAAUGUACAUUUUUGUUUUGUUUGUUUUUACACUGCUGCUACUUGCUGUUUAUUAUCUGUGCAUAGUCACUUUACCCCUACCUACAUGUACAAACUACCUCGACUAACCUGUACCCCCGCACAUUGACUCGGUACCGGUACCACCUGUAUAUAGCCCCGUUAUUGUUAUUUUAUUGUGUUACUUUUCAUUUAAUUUUUAACUUUAGUUUAUUUGGUCAAUAUUUUCUUAACUCUAUUUCUUGAACUGCAUUAUUGGUUAAGGGCUUGUAAGUAAGCAUUUCACGGUAAGGUCUACACCUGUUGUAUUCGGCGCAUGUGACAAAUAACAUUUGAUAUGAUUUGAUUUGGCAGGUGGCGGGUGUUAAUUUUAUGCCCUGAUUAGAAUAUUGCCAUUCAAUAUGGGUGGCAUGUUGGGGUUUGACUGAUGCAGUUUUUUCUACAAGUUCAGUAAACCGAAAAUAAGGCUGUGCGGCCUGUGCCCAAGAUAUUUUGCUGAAUUAUAAUUUUUCAUAGGCUUUACAAUUUCUUAUUCUCUCACUGUGUAGUGAGUUUGUUGAAAUUACAUAACUCCCUGUUUCUCUCAGUUCAGAGACGUCUUUGCCAAUGGAGAAACCACAGAGCUGAGUGGGAAGUGCAUUGUUGAGCUGGCGAAAGGUACAUUAUGCUACAGCAUGUACAUGGUCAUGCACCAUUAUAUUUCUACAGUUGAUAAUAAAGCCACAUUUGAAGUUUUUUUAUUAAAAUGGUUAAAAAAAAUAAAGAAAAGUAGCUUCUAAACAAAAUACAAUUUCUCAAGCAAGAAUUUAGCUAUGACUGUCUGGGAGUGGUCUGAGAGAGGGGCCUAAUUGGAUGAGCCUAAUGGGAGGGAUGUGUAACCUGAAAACUAGCUGUUAUUGGCAGAGAGGAGGGCAAACUCUCUUUGUUAUUGGUCUAUUAACUUACACUGGGCGGUCCAAAAACCCCACCCAGCUUAACAAGCUGAAAUUUCAGGCUGGGUUUUCAUACAGUUCUUACACUAAAAGUGCAUUAUCAUAAUUUUCACAAUGUUACAGUAUUAUUCCAAUAUAUAGAACACAAGAAAAUCAAAUUUUUAACUGCACUGCCCCUUUAACAACAAAACAGACUGACUAUCCUUUGAAGAUGACAUUGUUUUAGAUCUGGGCUUUCGCCCUUACUAUUUCGAUUUGCAGAUGAGUUUUUCCAAAGUUUUUAAUUUGUAUUUUGCGUUCUGUUUCUGAUUUUAAGAUAAAAACCUGAUGUCGCUGUCAGGAAAAGUGUUGAUGACCUGUGACCUGGCUAGGCGCUACGGGAUACAAGAUGUUGACGGUAAAAUAUCACUCAUUUUAGUUAAGUGAACGGUGUUCAUGCACAUUUCCAAUAGGCUAAAUAUGAAGGGUAGGCUGUUAUUUGAAUGCUGGUGACAUGAUGAUCAGUGCUUGGCUGCCAAUUAUCAAAUACAAUGAUCCUGCUCUUAAGCCAUAGGCCAUCAUAUAACCCCCUGCCCACUUAAUCAGCAAACUCUUGUCUAGAGAGCAUGCGCCAAAACCAGAUUGGGCAAGUUUGCUAUUUAUUGCAACAGUUUUUGUAACAAAACCAUCAGUAGAGUUGAAAAUGCGAUGGAAACCCAUUUAACUUGUCUUUUAUUCAGUACAUUGGAACUUAUGUGCACUACGUCAUCACGCACAGCCUUUUAUCAGCAACAAGUCAGUUUGAUGGAAACACCUCUAGUGGGAGAAUGCGCAUAUAUUUUACAAUAUUCGCAUGAAAAUCUGUCGCCAAUAGGAUGGAAACCUAGCUAUUGUAGUAUUUUUUUUUGGGAGAUAAUCUAUUUCCAUGCAGAACUGUACAUAGGCCUACACACCUUGCUCUCUGUCUUAAUCUUUUAACUACUCCCUCUUUUUUUUUUUUUUUUUUAGGCCGCAGUGUGACUGACUACACCUCCCUUAAAUUCCUCCUGACCCAGGUCCCAUAUCUUUCCUGGCUCUCCGUGAUGGUACCCUCAUUCUUCCGGGUUCCUCGGUUUGUUCUUACCCUCACUAACGGACGUUUCUGAGCCACCCCAAACUCCUCUGUGACACAUGGAUUACUGCAGUGUCAGUAAUGUAUAUUAAAUGGUAUUCCUAUACAUAGAAUACUAAAUCAUUUAUCAUUCUGUGUUCAUAUGCCUAUGAAGGAUCUGCACCAGUGUACUGAGUGUACAGUAUUAUGAGUAUUACAAGAGUUUAUAAGCUUGUAUGUAAUUAAACUUGCCUAUUGCCUCUGACAUACAUAAAUUGGGAAAACCCCAUACAGUACAUGUCAAAACCAAUGAGGGGAAUGGUAUCAAAUACAUCAAACACAUGGUUUCCAUCUGUUUGAUGCC